CCAGAGCCACUGCCGGGUUCAACUGAACCGCAGCAAGUGGGGACUCUUUAAGAAGUCAUUUCACCCUGAGGCGCGUUGGAGUUUCGGAUCCCAGAGCCACUGUCGGAUUAUUCCAAUGAAUCGCAACAAGUGGGGACUCUAAAGAGAUCGUACCCCCGUGAAGCUUUGGCCCAGAGCCACUGUCGGAUCGACUGAACCGCAACAUGUGGAGACUCUUAGGAGGCUUUUGCUGUGGACGCGAUACAUCCCCUCCCCCUCUCUCUCUUAGAGCUCCGACCCCAGAGCCACUGCCGGAUCGUAUCCCCGUGAAGCUUCGACCCCAGAGCCACUGUCGGGAUCGACUGAACCGCAACAAGUGGGGACUCUUAAGAG